GGACGACUUCCGCUUCCGGCUUACCGUACAAACUGUGAGGCGGUAAAGAAGUCAACAUGAAGAUGGAUGUAACAGAAACAACUUCUAACAACGACACUGUAUCACAGGACAACCGGGUGCAGGUGGACUCAAAGAAAGCAGUCGUCGAGCAGAUACUCGAAUACAAAGAGUUACUGAAGACGGUGCUGAGCGGGCAGACCGAGGUCCCAGAGGAGACCAGGCAGCUGCUGCGGCGAGAGCUGCUGGCGAACUUUGAGGCGGCGGUCCACGACAACGUUCUGGUGAACGGACAGCCGUGGGAGGACGCGCCUGACGACGGAGACGAGGCGGUGGUCCUGGAGAAUCUGCUGGAUGACACCGCGGUGGAGCUGGGCCGGUGCCGGCGCCGCUACCCCAAGGUCAUCCUGCACCACGUGGUGCGGGGCCUCCGGGCGGAGCGCAAGCUGAUGAGUCUGUAUGAAGAGACGGUGAAACCUCAACAGCUUGUGAAGGACCCAUGUCACGAAAGCAUCAUGACCAGUGUGUCCGCCGCAGUCCCUGGAAUGGUGAAGGAGGCGUCCCAUGUCAUAAAGUCGAUUAAAACCCUGCAAAAGCAGGUUGAAGGCCUCGGCCGGGUCCUCAACAUGAAGCCCAGCCAGGCUACUCUGGAGAUCCACGAGGCAGUGUUUGGCCCCUGUGGCCCAUUAGAGGCCGCCAGUCUGUCCUUGAGCAAAGCCUCCUCCAUCAGGCAGCCAAUCAAGAGGGAUGUAGAGGAGGAGACAGCCAUGAAUGGUUUUGUCCUGCCUACUAAGAAAAGCCACUGAGUUACAUGUAAGCUUGCCAGUGUAAUCAGUGUUUUCAAAGGUCACGAUGGACUUUCUCUCUGUUCUAUAGUUCCAACCCUAUUCUAUCGUCUUCAUAACGUGUUUUCUUUUUGGCACAUAUUAUUAUUAUAUUACUUUGAAGACGGUAUUUAGUCUGUGACCACAUACUUGUGUUUGGUCAAUUUAUGGUGUAAAUAAGUAAUAUACUACCCAACCUGUACUUUUCAUAGCUUUUAAUGCGCAUAUGUAUGUUAAUCCUCCUGAAAUGGUGGAAGUACUAUAAAGUAUGCAUAUAUUCUUUGCCAGUGUUGGGGUAGUUACUCAAAAAAAGUAAUUAGCUACUUAUUACUAGUUACUUCUGUAAAUUGUUAUGAGAUUACUUUACUAGUUUGAAAAGUAACUUCACUACUUAUUACUUUACUUUACCGUUUCUUAAUUUACUGUAGAUAAAUGGACAAACAUCAUAGCCCUAUCAUCACACAUAGCAUAUGAAAGGCUAUGGUGAAGUCAAUCAGUAGCAACACACAAGGUUCAAAACACGGGCUUUGGGAAACAUGAGAACAAAAAUUAAGUGGUCAAUGAAAAUUUUAAAAAGGUCACUUUAUCCCAUACAAUUAAAACAGAAAUGCACUUAAGCGGCGGGAACACAUGCUGUUACUUUAUGUGGUCCAAAGGCUGAAUGAACCUGAUCUAUUUCGCAAACUAUGACAUUGUAAGUUUGUCAAAACAUUUUUUUUAUAAAUAUGAUAACAAUACAAUACUUGCUCACAAAACAAAUUGUAAUUAAACUUGUGACAAUUUCCAUUAAAUACCGUUAUAAGCUG